GGUCGCCACAGCUGGAUGGGCCGUCCAUCACUCAACGGCAAUUCAGACUCAUCCCAUCGUCAGCUCCUCUCCUCUCCUCUCCACAUCGCAGCUUUUCUUCACAGUUCCACCUUCCCUUCUCCCUUCAUUCUUCUCCUAUCGCUAUCGGCGCCGGUCGAAAUGGGGACGGAGAUAUCGGAGCCGUUGCUGGUGGACUCCGAGAAGGUCACGGUCGGAGCAGCGGACGGCGACCCUUCGCCGGGGGAGGAGGUGGUCCCGGAGUGGAAGGACCAGAUCACGAUCAGGGGUCUCGCCGUCAGCGCCCUGCUCGGGGGCCUCUUCUGCAUCAUCACCCACAAGCUUAAUCUCACCGUCGGGAUCAUCCCCUCCCUCAAUGUGGCAGCCGGGCUGCUUGGGUUCUUCUUUGUGAAGUCGUGGACGGGGUUCGUGUCCAAGCUAGGGUUCUCCGUCAAGCCGUUCACGAGGCAGGAGAACACCGUGAUCCAGACCUGUGUUGUCGCCUGCUAUGGCCUCGCUUUUAGCGGUGGCUUUGGCUCUUAUUUGAUUGCAAUGGAUGAAAGGACUUAUCAACUGAUCGGGCCUGAUUAUCCUGGUAACCGGGCUGAAGAUGUCAAGAACCCGGGCUUGGGAUGGAUGAUUGGUUUCCUGUUUGUUGUCAGCUUCUUGGGGCUUUUCAGUCUUGUUCCACUUCGGAAGGUUAUGGUUAUGGAUUACAAGCUCACAUAUCCAAGUGGGACUGCAACCGCCAUGUUGAUUAACAGCUUUCACACCAACAGCGGAGCUGAGCUUGCCACAAAACAAGUCAGUUGUCUUGGCAAAUACUUGAGUAUGAGCCUGUUUUGGAGCUGCUUCAAGUGGUUCUUCAGUGGUAUUGGGGAUUCAUGUGGAUUUGAUAACUUUCCCAGCCUUGGCUUGACUCUAUAUAAGAACACGUUUUACUUUGACUUCGGUCCUACAUAUGUUGGAUGUGGUCUCAUCUGCCCUCACAUAGUCAAUUGCUCUGUUCUUUUCGGGGCAAUUAUAUCAUGGGGCUUCCUCUGGCCUUUCAUUUCAAAGCAUGCUGGGGACUGGUAUCCAGCUGAUCUUGGCAGCAAUGAUUUUAAAGGUCUCUACGGAUAUAAGGUCUUCGUUGCUAUCUCACUCAUUCUGGGAGACGGACUUUACAAUCUAAUCAAAAUAAUUGCCAUAACUAUCAAAGAAAUGAUCAGCAAAGGCAGCAAUUCAGGCAACCUUCCUAUUAUCAUGGAAUCUUUGGAUAACGAGACUUCCAAGAUUGUGUUGGAGCAAAGGAAAAGAGACCAUAUAUUCCUGAAAGACCGGAUCCCCUCGUGGGUUGCUGCUUCUGGAUAUGUGGGUCUCGCUGCAAUCUCAACUGCAACAAUUCCAGUCAUCUUCCCUCCCCUCAAAUGGUACCUUGUCCUAUCUUCCUACAUCUUCGCUCCUGCCCUGGCCUUCUGCAACUCCUAUGGCACGGGACUCACUGACUGGAGCCUGGCCACAACUUAUGGUAAGAUUGGACUCUUUAUAAUUGCCUCUGCUGUGGGGUCCGGUGGCGGUGUAGUCGCAGGCCUAGCGGCUUGUGGGGUCAUGAUGUCCAUAGUCUCCACUGCUGCCGACCUCAUGCAGGACUUCAAGACAGGCUACCUCACCCUUUCCUCUGCGAAGUCCAUGUUUGUGAGCCAGCUCAUUGGGACCGCCAUGGGCUGUGUGGUGGCUCCUCUGACCUUCUGGCUCUUCUGGACUGCCUUCGACAUCGGGGCCCCUGACGGGCCCUACAAGGCCCCUUAUGCAGUAAUCUUCCGCGAAAUGGCGAUCCUAGGCGUUGAGGGCUUCUCUGAGCUUCCCAAGCAUUGCCUCGCUAUAUGCUGUGGGUUCUUCGUGUUCGCCCUCGCAAUAAAUCUCUUGAGGGACGUGACUCCUAAUAAGGUCUCACAGUUUAUUCCCAUCCCGAUGGCUAUGGCUGUCCCAUUCUACAUCGGGGCCUACUUCGCUAUCGAUAUGUUCGUGGGGACAGUGAUUCUCUUCGUGUGGGAGAGGAUCAACAGGAAGGAUGCAGAGGACUAUGCUGGGGCGGUGGCUUCGGGCUUGAUCUGUGGGGACGGAAUAUGGACUAUUCCUUCGGCGGUGCUCUCAAUCUUUAGGAUCAACCCGCCCAUGUGUAUGUACUUUGGGCCAUCAGGCAGGUGAGCCUAGAACGGAAAUCACUCGGUUGACCUGUAAUUACACCUUUCGCAGACUCCUGCUGUUGUUUCGGGUUUUUGUAAAUAUUCGGUGUCUGUUGUACCAUUGGAUUGUCCAUUUGUUGCAAUCAAUCUCAAGAAUGCGUUCAAUCUUUCCAUAUAAAA